AUAAGCGUUGCCAAUGUUUGCUACAAAAAUUAUUUUUUAGAAUUUAAAAAUGCAUUCAGUUGGCAUUCAUUCCGCAAUGGCGAUUAAGCGGCAAAGAAAACGACGAGAUGAGCAAAAAAGAGCACGAGAAAGGCGCUACAGCACACAAAGCUCUGAGAGUGGAGAAACUUUUCGUUCUCCAACUGGAUUGAGACGCAAAUAUAACCAUCCCCAUCAUGUGGCUAGUUCUGGUACAGGAAUGCUUGAUAGCCAGGUUGUUACCAGUAUUGGAAUGUUGCAUAUUGGUAUUGUGUUCGUUGUGUUUGGAGUUUUUCUGUGCAGCGCCGGUAUUAUUCCAGAUGAAACUAUGUCCUGGAAUGUAUUUAGUACUAGCUCAGCCUGGUGGAAUGAAGUUACUUGCACCGGAUUAUUUUCCCUCGGACUGGGUUUAUUUUUACUAAUUUUAAACUGCCUUAUAAGUCGGAAGGAGGAGGAGGACCUUGAGGACUACGUGCAGCGGCAACUGACAAGAUCUCGCUCGGGUAUUUUUUUUAUUUUGAUGCAAGUUUUUCUAAACUUAUUCCUUACUAUAUAG